UGUAAAUUUUUUUUGAAACGAAUUACAAAUAAAAAUGUUCGAACAACAAGACAAACACGCAUUGCAUCGUCGAACAGUAGCGAUUCUAGUGAUGAAGAAUCAAGUGUUAUCAUUAGUGAUCGAAAGAAACGAAAACCUAAUCCAAUGAUACAAUCGACAUGUUCGUUUAAGAAAUCUGUAAAUAGAAAACGAAUUUCUCAUAACGAUAGUGAUGUCGACGACGAUGACGAUGAUGAUCAAAUACAUGUGAGCUAUGCAUCAAGUAAAUCGGGUCAACGUGAUGGUCCUGCCGAUAUGGGUGCAACGAUGACAUUGGAAACAGAAACCGAACGUGAUAAAGAUGCACAAAGUAUAUUUGAACGUGCACGUAAAAUACAACAAGAACAAACUGAACAGGAUAAUUCUCAGGAUGAUGAUCAAACCAUCUAUCGUGGCGCUAAUAAUUAUCUACAAUAUAAACAGAAAAAAGAUACACCAUUCGGUAAUGCAUCAUCGGGCCAUGUACGUAAAGGUCCUGUACGUGCACCGGAUAAUAUCCGUUCAACCGUUCGUUGGGAUUAUCAGCCAGAUAUAUGUAAAGAUUAUAAAGAAACAGGAUUUUGUGGUUUUGGUGAUUCCUGUAAAUUUCUACAUGAUCGUUCAGAUUAUAAAGCUGGUUGGCAACUGGAACUUGAAGCAACAAAAAACCAAAAACAUAAACAUCAUCAUGAUGAACAAGAUGAUGAUGGCGAUGAUGAUGAUCCGGAUAAAUAUAAAAUCGAUGAUGAUGAUGAUUUACCAUUCGCUUGUUUUAUUUGUCGUAAUCGUUUUGUAAAUCCUGUGGUUACAAAAUGCAGACAUUAUUUUUGUCAACAAUGUGCAUUGGAUCAUUAUAAAAAAUCAACAAAAUGUUUUGUUUGUUCGUCACAAACUAGUGGUGUAUUUAAUAUUGCUAAAGAUGUAGAAAAACGAAUGAAAACAAAUCAACACGCAGAACAACAAAAAGAAGAUUCGGAUGAUGAAAAAGUAGAUUCCGAAUAUAAUAAAGAUGAAGAUUAUCAGGAGCAAGAAUUGGAUCGUGAACCAUCGAAUGAUGACGGCGACGACGACGACGACAACGACAACGAAGCUAUUUAAAUGGCCAUAUAUAUGGCCAAUAACUUCCAGUCGAAUUUGAACCACCACCAUCUUUUUCUCCGAUUAUGUCAAUUUUUCUCACAUCAUCUUGUUUAUAAGAAUCAAAUUAAAAUAAAAACAAACAUCAGUCAUCAGUUA